AUGGCAUCCCAACUCAACGCUAUCGAUGCUGGCCAUGCAUGCUUCCGGCAGAUGUACAUUAGACCACAAGUGUCCAGCAUUCACGAAGCAAAGCCACCAACAAGCCCGAAGCGCUUGUCCACCACCCGCUAA